AGCAAACCUGUGCCGCAAGCCCGCUUCAUUUAGUACAGAUUGAUAAAUAAUGUUAAUAGAAACUACUUGCCUUAAGUAUUUCAUAUUUAAACAUGAUCAAUUUUAAGAUUUCCGAUCCAGACUGCAUUCUUCCUUUUUCCUCUUUUCAAUAUAAGAAAGAUAAAUAUCCUUGCUUGCAAUAAAUUUGUUAAAAUAAACCUCCAAUAAUUUCAAAUUUCAAUUUCAAUUGUUGGUUUUAACCAGGAAAUUAUUAUACACUUUUUAUCACCUUUUAAUGUAAAAUAGUUUAUGCUUUCAUUAUAUUAUUUACUAAUCAUUUGAGGUUAGAAUCUGCUUCUUUUACUUUUGAAAUCGUUUCAAAUUCUGUCACGACUAGUGUCAAACCGAGGCAGUUUUGUUCUAUGGUUCACGGGACUACCUAUGUUUUUGAAUUUCUGUGUUCGGAAGGAAGUUGGCGUUUCUCAUAGCUGACUGGCGAGCGUCCUUUUUUUUUUUGAAUUUGAUGGGGACGCGUCUUUGGAUCGUGUAAUUUAGGUAAAAUUUGUAUGCUAAUUAUUUUGAGGCAUCUGGCUUUCCUGGAUAAAUUUACCUAUUACACAUAGUGGGGCUAGAUAAUAGAUGUAGUGUGUAUUGGAUAUUUUAGUAUUUAGCCCAAGCCGAAAAGGGAUUAUUUGUUCAAAGACGUGGUCACUUCGCACGCUAGGCAGCGCUGUGUAUGAGGUCUAUAUAGGGAGUAUUAUUUGGAUUAGAGAAGCUCCAUAGGAGAGCAUAGCGUGGUUGACCGUAGUAAAAACCCCGAUAGGCUUAAGCGGUAAGUAAUUCAUGGAAUGAUUAGAUUCUUUAUGUAUUGAGGGACAGACAACCAGUGUCUUAAUUUUAUUUAGUGUUUAUUGAAGCCCGUUGGCUAGGGGUUUAUUCUUUAUUAUUUUUAUUUUAGGGGUUUUCAUUUUUAUUUUUCUUUUUGGAGUUUGUGGAUUCGUUUUACUUGGAGUUUUCGUUUUUGGAUUUUUGUAUAUGGUUUCUGGUUUUACUUUUUGUGGAUGUUUUUGGUUACAUUUGGAUGCUAAGAGUCGUCAUUGGAUACAAGUAUAUGUGGUGAAGAAGAUUUCUACUAACGAAUUGUAGUUUGUUACCAGACUAUGGAGGAUAUCAGGUUUUUAUAACAAUGUUAAACAUUUAAAUUCAUUUGUCUUAUUUAUUUUAUAUUAUUUAAUGAUAGUAAAUAUUUUAGGUUCUUUUUUUGUUAACAAAUUAACGUGUUCCUUUUUUUUAUUAUUAUUAUUAAAAUUUAUUGGGGAUAGUCAUACAUUCAACUUUAUAUACAUAUAACUUAUUAUAGAGGUCAUUAUAGUACAUUACUUUUUAGAUUUGUAUUAGUGGCACUCAUGAGCUCAUGCGGCAACUAUAGGGUAGGCACUAGUAUCGCCAAUGUUUAAAAUAUUUCUAAUCUGUAAAUUUAAAUUAUUUUGAUAUUCAUUUCCUUAGCCACUUUAUGCUACCAAUGACUGGACUUGUUUAUUUUCAUAUUUAUUUGUGUUGCAACUGUUUAAUAAAUAAAUGUAAGUAAACCUAUAACGAGAUUUAUUUGUCAACUGGUAAAUCGGGGAACUCUUGUAGCAUUUGUAGUACGAGUUGACUGGCGCCCUAAAAUCCAUCAUUUUUAAAUAGUUUUAGCUAACGGACCCACUCCGUCUCCACUGUUAACUUUAAAAGCUAGCCGCAAAUGCUUUUGUCGCUCCAUCCACAUUCGUUGUGAUAGUGUGGAAGGGUGAUAAUUUUGGCGCCCAACGUAUAUGGGGCAUGGUUUGCUUAUAUUUCUUCUUGAAUGGUUGUAACACUAGACUUAUCUUCUUGAAAAACACCAAACCCAGAUUUGAACUGAAAUGUUGAAUUUGAUCACGUUUUUAAUUUUAAUGACUUUGAAUUGAGGAACUGCUAUAGCUGUAUAUAGAUUUUUCUUUCUAGUGGCUGGUAUCUGAAAAUCGCGAUUUAGUUUUAGAUAACCAGUGGGGUAAAUUUAGAAAUCAUUUAGUUGCUAUAGUUCCUCCCAUGAUUAUUUGACGAAUUGACAAAAUAUUUUGAUAUUGAUUUGAGACAUUUGUUUUUGAUAUUUUGAAUUUUUUUUUUUAAUUAUCUUUUUUUUACAGGAACGGUCGAAGACUUAGAACUUUGUAGUUAUAUUACUUAUAAUAUUGUCCCUUUUUCCUAUUCUUCUUUAUUGUUCGUGAGGUUUGGCAAGCGCAAUCAAGGUCUGUCUUGUUUUGCUAAUAGUGGUUGGAUUAUAUCUUUUAUUUGCUUGUGUUUGAAUUUAGUAUAACUUUGUCAUCAUCAUGUCGCGUAGAUUACAAGUCAAUCGAUUAAGUCAAGACGAGCUCAACUAUGAGCUUCUCAUUCGUGGAAUAGCUGUAGGUACAGUAGAACAGAUGCGCCAUGCCCUUGCUAGCGCGAUACGAUUGGAAGGCAGUGGCGAUAGCGUGAAAUACCCGGAUUAUCCUUUUACACCAGAGGAAGACAUAAAGGCAGUCAGAGGUAAAUUGGCUGAAUUGGAGACUUUUGUGAACGCAUUUGAAGGUACUAAAACAAGUAAUGAUUUUAUUAAAUAUAUGGUAAAGUUGAACCAUGUCUUAAACCGCAUAGAUAAUAUUCCGGACAUUGAGGAAGAUCGACCUCAAUUAGUUGCUUCCGCGUACGCUCUUAUGGGUUCUCUUACGGAAAAAGCGGAACAUAUGCAGGCGAAAUCCACAGUCCCUGUUCAACUUAGCUGUUUCAGCCCCGAUCAGACACAAAACUUUGCUACUGAGAUUACGCAAGCUUCUAGCCCGGUUGCAGCUUCGGCUUCUCCUAAGGUGACGGCUGCUUCUCCUUACGUUAAGUCCGUUCCACCUAGUCGUUGGGACUUGAAAUUUUCUGGUGAUCGUAAAGGUAUGUCCCUUAGUGCUUUUUUAGAGCGUGUUGAAGAAUUGCGUGUUGCGCGUCAUGUAUCAAAGGAAACUUUACUGGAAUCGGGUAUAGAUCUAUUUUCAGGGAAAGCAUAUCAGUUUUAUUUGGCGUAUCGUGAUCAAGUCAGUAACUGGGACGAAUUCUUGAUAUUGCUAAGGGAAGAGUAUCUGUCACCAAACUACGAUGAGAAACUCUUCGAUGAGAUCAGAAGGCGAACUCAAGGAAGUGAUGAAUCAAUGGGAAUCUUUAUAGCAGUUAUGUUGGGAUAUUUUAAUCGACUGACGUGCCCCGUAUCUGACGACACCAAACUAAAGAUCCUGCUAAGAAACAUAGCACCGUAUUAUCAAAAUCAACUCGCUCUGGUAGAAAUAGACUCGAUAGCGCAUCUACGUGAACUUGGGAAGAAAUUGGAAGCCAGAAAGGAUGCAAUAGAGAAUUUUGUUCAGCCCACUCGUCGUGGCAACGUCAUGGAGCCAGAUCUGGCCUAUAUCGAAGUUCAGUCGAGCAGCAGUGUGGACACUUGCCAGGCAUCGACUUCUUCAUCGAAGGGGAGGCAACAAAAUCCGUCUACCUCGAAAGCUCAGAUUGUUUGUUACCGUUGCAACAAGCCAGGUCAUCGUGCUGUUGGAUGUACCGAACCUGGUAGAAAGUUUUGUUACCGUUGUAAAAAAGAGGGUGUGACAAUGAGAACCUGCCCUAAUUGUAAGCCAUCGGAAAACUAA